UUAAUACAGUGUUGACUUUAUGAUACUGAAGUCAAGGUGUAAAAUGUCAGUUGCAUACAUAAAAGAAGCAGCAAAAGUUGUUAAAAUCCAUUCUUUCUAGUGACGCAGUUGCAGUGUUUUCUUGUGCUUCUCUGUGUACAAUCACUUACUGGAAAAUCAAAAGUUUUACGUGUACGCCAUAAGAAUUAUCUCUGUUUAAUAAUCUCUUGAGCGGUGAGUUUAACUCGCUCAAGAUGGCUAAGUCAACUCGUUUCCCCUGUGACUGCAAACUUCCCUCAAACUUUCCGCUGACAUCAACUCGCUCUUUCCUGGGCGCGGAUGUACCCACGAAGACAGGCACUUGUAGAAGCGUUGCCUACAGCGCUAUCAUGUCACCUCCACCCAUUAGCCCUUCGUCUCUUGGUGCUUCUGACAGGAGCGAAGAAAUGGAGGGAUUUGUGCUACGUAUGAAGCAGCAGCAUGAAGAACAUGGCGUAUGUGACCCAACCACCAAGAAUGAGAGUGGAAGCCAUGAGUGCCCUAUUCUAUGGAGAACAAGGUCCCUCAAUGCACCCUCACCCAUCCAGCAGUUCGGCCCGUGCGGCCGCAUCAUGCGCAACUCUGCUAUGAUCAUGACUAUACAGGACCCCGCCAGCCAGAGACUGACGUGGUACAAGCCUCCCCUCAGCGUCCUCGUCAUCAAGAAAGUCAGAGACGCGAUGGUCAUCCCUCCCUUCAUUGAGCUCGUCUCUUGGCUCACUCUGGAGAAAAGGAUGGUAGUGUUUGUGGAAGCGUCUGUGCUGGAGGAACCCCUCGUUACGAAGCACGCUAAGUUCCCUGAUGUUAAAGACAAGCUCAUGUCUUUCAAUGAGAAGCACGACGACCUCACCGACAAAAUUGACUUCAUCAUCUGCUUGGGAGGAGACGGAACUCUGCUAUACGCUUCGUCUUUAUUCCAGCAAAGCGUGCCUCCAGUGAUGGCAUUCCAUCUUGGUUCGUUGGGCUUCCUCACUCCUUUUAAGUUCAGCAAUUUCCAGGAGCAAGUCACAAACGUGCUUGAAGGUCACGCAGCCCUAACGCUGCGCUCACGCCUGCGCUGCAUCAUCGUGCGGGGAGGCUACGACAAACCACAGCCUAAGAAGCCCAAGCCCGACGCCACAACCGCCCCAUGGCUGCCCGACCCUGGGGUUAAACUCCCCUCUAAUUUACUUGUUCUUAAUGAGGUGGUAAUAGAUCGGGGUCCCUCCCCCUACCUCUCCAAUCUCGAUCUCUACCUCGACGGAAGACGCAUCACUUCGGUACAGGGCGAUGGGUUACUGGUAUCAACACCAACGGGCAGCACAGCGUACGCAGUAGCAGCAGGAGCAUCGAUGAUCCACCCCUCAGUGCCAGCCAUCAUGGUGACGCCCAUCUGCCCUCACUCAUUAUCAUUCCGACCCAUCAUCGUGCCUGCUGGCGUCGAGCUCAAGAUUACAGUAUCGAAGGACAGUCGCAAUACAGCCUGGAUCUCCUUUGAUGGUCGUAUGAGGCAGGAGCUCACUCACGACGAUAGCCUGCGCGUGACGACUUCGAUCUAUCCUGUGCCGAGCAUCUGUGCUGAAGACCAGAUCGCUGACUGGUUCGCAUCUCUGGACGACUGUUUACGAUGGAACGACAGGAAACGACAGCGGCACUUCGACGAUGGCAACACUGCCGCUGACGACGCCAACCUUAUGUCCGACGAUGCUAACCCUCCCUCCGCCGAUGCUAAAAAUCCUUCUGAUGAUGCUAACCAUCAAUGCGACGGUGCUAACCGUCUCUCCGACGACGGGAAUCUAAUGUCCGAUGACGGGAACAUGUCGGAAAGUUCCUCUGCCUCAUCUUCGGUCCCAACAACUCCCACGUCGGCAGCUUCAGGCGUAUGUGCGUUGUAUGAUGCAGAGGCAGGCCCUAGUGGCCUCUGCAGAGUAGCUGAAAUAACAGAGUCUGAAGGGGGCGACUCAGACGACGACUCGUGCAAUGACAAUCAUGAAGCUGGACCGUCUUGAGGACGCUACAGCCACGCUCCUUGCGCAGGUGUCCGGAGGAGUUCGGAAGGUAUUGGACGCCUUCUGCUGUGAUAUUCUUGAAACAUUUUUGUACUUUUUUACGGACUUUGAUGGGACCAAACCCGUCUCUUGGGACUCUCUGCUCUGUCGCCUCGAAGAGACGAAGGAAAAACUUUUGUUGUUUUCUCAUUAUUUAUCCUUUGUUGAAGAGGUUAUUUUUUGCGCGCAGUGAAUGCCAUAGAGCUCUCUUCUACUUCAAAUACGUUAUCAUAGACGGAAAAAGUGUUUUUCCGUAUCUUAUUUUAAUCUCAUUAAUGUAUAGAUAGUAAAGUUUAAAUAAGUUGAGCAUUUUCACGCCCGAUCUUGGACCUUAAUUAUGCACAGUACGUCUGCUUUUGGUUUGAGUUAAAACGAUUCUGUUUUUUGUGAAGAAUAAAUCCAUAAUUAUAUGGUCACUAAGUCAUCCGUAGUCUAGGCCAAAUUUUAUUCAUUUCUAACGGCUGUAUUUAUACCGUGGAGGCCAAAUUUCGUAAGCCAAGUUGAUUAAGUCGUGUUAUUCAGAAUAUUGUGUUUAGUGUACAGCGACAUAUAUGCUGCCGUAGAUGUUUUAUAAAAUGACACUUCUUUCUAUAUGGUUAAGAAAUGGCUAUGGUAAUUUUAAAUACGUGGCAUAUUUAAGUAGCACAGCCGUCGUAAAAAUGCAACGAUUAAACGGAACAUUGUUUAAUUGUCGGCGAAAUGUGGCUUAUGUUAGACCUGAGGCCUGAUGAAAUUAGGCAGCCAACUCAAAGAAAUUCUGAGCGUCGUUAAAGUUCUUC